AUGGGUCAUGGUGGUAUGAAUUGUCAAUUAAAAACUGUUCGUUUAAUUCUAAUAAUUAUCAAUGUGAUAUUUUUUUUAAUCGGUGCAACGUUAUUCGGUGAAGGUAUUGAUCUUCUAAUUACUCGACGUUUUCAUAGUUUUACAGAAUUUUUAUUUAAUAUUGAAAAUGGAAAAAUAACGAAGAAUAUCAUAUUUUCAAAUGAAAUUUUAUAUAUAUUCAAGAUUAUUCCAGGUUUUAUUUUUAUAUUUACGGGUUUUUUUGGUUGUUCCGGUGCAAUAACUCAAAUGCAAUCUCUUUUAUUUUGUUAUUUUUCGUUCGUUGGAAUUAUUUUAAUUUUUCAAACAAUAAUUAUUCUAUCUUUGAUUGCUUUUCGAAUUUAUACGAAACAACAAUUAAUAUCAAUAGUACAAUUAUUUAUUCGUGAUAAAUACAAAGGACCAUUAGAAAAAGAUUUCCAAUUAAAAUCAUUUCUAUUAGAUUCGAUGAUGUAUCAUUUCAAAUGUUGUGGUAUAGAUGGUAAACAUGAUUUUAAUAUAACAAAUUCUUGGAAUCGUACAAAUCCAUGGUGGAAUACAUCAAUGUUAAUUGAAAAUAGAGAUUUUAAAUAUCCAUUAACAUGUUGUCCUAUGAAUGAUACUUUUAAUAAUAUUCUUUCAUGUGCUAUGAAUGGAACUUCUAUUCAUGAACUAAGUUGUUAUGAAAAAAUAACUGAUAUAUUUUAUUCAAUGAAAGAAAUAAUAUUAUUUGGUACUGUAUUUAUUAUUACUAUUGAGAUGUUGGCUUUAAUAUUUGUAUUAAUUAUUCAUAAUCGAAAUCAAGUACAUAGAAUUGAUUGUGCAAUGGAAGAAUUACCGCCCGCAUAUUCUUCAAGAACACGGAUUAAUAACUCAAAUUUGUAUUUUCAGAUAUAA